GAAGCAAACAAGGCACUGCACUCUGAAAUUGAGGAAUUAAAGUCUCAACUGAACAAAGUCAGCCAAAAAAUUACCUCACAUACCAACAAGAAACCGGCCAUUGAAGAUCAGACGCAGGUCAUGUCAAACGACCACAAUAAAGCAGUAGAGUUUAUCGGCAAACAAUAUGACGAUCUGGAUGCAUUUCGAAAACAAGCUACUCAAGAUAUUAAGAAAAUUGCUUCAAGACUUGAUAAAGUUAGUAGAAGCUGCGACGAAAUAUAUGAAGCCAUCGAAGCAAUCGAGACGUACAGCUAUCAGUAUAAUAUUAAGGUGGUUUUUUAUCCCUUUUCAAUAUGA